UUGAGGCCAACAGUUCGAAUACGCGAUACGCGCGCAUGCGAUUCACCGCCCCACGCCCACCACCCCCCGCCUCCUAACGAGAGCGAGCGAGAGGCAGAUAGAGAAACUACUCCACGCUGCUUGCCAAACUAAAAAAAAAAAGAAAAAAAAUCGUUGUGGGUGCUGAAACGAAACCGAAAAUCCGAAAAGCAGAAGAAACGCACGAAAUUCAUAAAAAUACGAGUAUUAACCAAAAAAAAAAGCUGUGCAUCUGUGUGUUUUGUCGAUAUUGUGCGUGUGUUCAGAGAAUACUAAAAAGUUGACAAGUGCAGAAUGAAAAUCAUAAACAAAACAACCAGACGACGGGCAACAAGUUUUUUUGCGUAGAAUCCAACGGCGGGCAAAAUUCCCAGUAAAUAAGCCAACCUGCCGUGUGUUUUUUUCGUUAUUGUUGUACAAAAUAUAUUGUUGCAACUCGUUUCGCUUGUUGUUUUCACAAUUUGUUGUUGUCAAAGCCACACAAAGCGGGUCAAAUGCAUAAAUAAAUGAAUGAAUCGAAAUGAAGCAAAACGAGCCGAAAUGAAAUGCGAAAUGUUUUUAUUAUCAUUUGGUCUGAAGCGAAAUUAAUUGCAACCGUGCAUUGUCAUUGCUGAAAUCCGAAAGAUACGCAUCUGUAGCUCAAUAAGUGAAGUUUAUGACAAAGUAUCUACGGUAUCUUCCGCUUUAAAUUUUGGGAAGUAUAGCCAUCCCGCUCCCACCGAAAAGCUCUACAAAUGAGUCUAUCUGCCAGAUGCGUUUGCACCUGAGCACCAGCGUAUCGCCUCCACCAAUGGCAGCUAAACAAAAGGCAGGCGUACGAUUUCCCAAAGCCGCAGCACAGAUAAGUCGACAGCACGACUUGAAUUAUUGCACGCAACAGCAGCAGCCACAUCCACUUGGGGCAGAGAAAGAGGAGCCACAGUAGGCAACCAGAAGACGCAGCUUCAUUCUACAAAACAAUUGUGGAAAAGUGGAAAAUCCGCGCGUGUGUGUGUGUGUGUCGGUCGCUUUGUGUGAAAACGAACAAUAGAAAACCAGAUAGAAAAUCAGCAGAGAAAACAAUCGGCCAAAGCAGCACAGCCAGAGCAGCAACUAUAAUUUUAGUACUUUUGUUUAUAUUUUUUGUAUACGUUAUUUGGUGUAUGCUUCGGUUACGAUGUCGUUGAUGAAAAUCCAUCGAGGCAAUGAAUCAUUUUGCAGUUGCUGGUUACUGUUGCUGUUGCUGGUGGCAUUGUUGUUGGCUGAGGCGGUAGUGGCAGCGGCAGCGUCAGCGGCAACAUUGAGUGAAACGCAGACGAAUGCAACUAAUGGUGCAAUUAGAGAGCCGCCUGUGCAACUGCAACAGCAGCAGCAACUUCAACUUCAACUGCAGUUGAAUGCGAACGCCGGCGACGGCGAAAGCCGAAAUUCAGCGGAAAUUUUCAGCCCCGGCGAUGUGGAUGUGGUUGGUGAUAAACCCACCACUUACAGGCCCUCGGGUGCCAAUCGACCCUCGAUUGCGCCACUGAAUUCGGCUCAGGAUCGCGAGAGGAAGCUGAUGAAUGUGCUGGCUGCUCGUCGCACCGCUCUGCAUCGAGGUGGUUUCCGCACCAGGAUAGGCACCACUGGACGGAGUGCCAUUUCCCCGUCGGCGGCGGUGGAGAGCACCUCCAAGGCGCCCAGUGAUCCCAGAUCCGUGUGCAUCCGGAAUUGCACGAAAAACUUUACCCGCCGCACCACCGCCAGUUGCAUGCGGCAAUGUGCCAACUUCACCCGCAUGGCCAUGCCCUCCAAUGGCAAUAGUUCGGUGGUGCUUAAGGGUGCCGCCUCUUUGAAGGCAGCUGCUCCUGCAGGAGAUCGGGAUACCAACGAGAUCCUUUUCAGCGACGAGUCCUCACACGGACUCUUCGUGGUGGCCAAAGAGCAAAAUGCCACCCUAAACCACAUUGCAGAUGGCACUAAGCCCCCAGUGAUGGGCAAGGGAAUACCAAGCAAAACCAACUCGAUGGAGGAGGAUGCUGAGGACGAGGAAGAUGAGCUGAAGCCAUAUGUCUACUUCGGAGCCAAAUUGCCACCCAUACGUCCAGGUGGUUUGACAAUUAAAGCGGCCGAGGGCGAUGACGACCAUCCUCGCGUGCUGGAGGUUUCAGUGGCUCAAAGCACUACCCCUACUAUAACGUCAACUAGCACCACUCCUGCGCCAGUCAGCUCCACCAGACCCACUGCCUCCACUCGAAGGCCAUUGACCCCCGUGGAGCGAAGUCGCAGCAAAUACAAGUACCAUAUGAGGGAAAGGGGACUGGUGGCGGCAGCUGCACCACCCGCUGCAGCACCACCUGCCCCACCGGUGAGUCGAACCAGGUACGUGGGUUCGGGAAGACCCACCGCUGGAUUAGCCGAUUCCAGUCAGGAUUUCAAGCAAACCGAUUCGGAAGUGGCCAAGCCGGUGGUGCGUAGGCUGGUGCAAAAAGUAUCGCCGUCCUCCUCAACACCACUGAUCAUCACCGUGCUAAGUGCCGAGGAGGAAACCACAGUGGCUCAGACGGAAGCUCUUCCCUCUGAGGAAUCAACCACAACGACAAGCACAACCACAACAACGGAGAGACCUCGCACAACAACAAGUACAAGUACAACCACAACAACACCAGUGACCAGCACCACAAAAAGAACCACCACCACAGCACCACUAUCAACCACAAGUACACCAACCACCACAACGAGUAGCUCCACCCCCAGCACCACCACAACGAGCAGUACCUCAACCACUGCCAUUCCCACCACAACGAAAGCGAACUCCAUCAUUGAAAAGGACAAGGAACUCAUUCGCGCCUUGGGACCUGCUUUAACCCGGGAGAUAAACAUCGAUGAUGCGAACAACUUGAUUGUAUUCUGCAACAACACCUCCGAUUGCGGAGUCACCCCCCGCACCCAGACUCAACCAUCUCACACCACCGAUUCCAGUCCAAAGAUCCUGCGCACCACAGUCCUGACCUCCAUAAGAUCCACUGUACACCCGCGACCCACCAGCACCAGUACCACUACGAGUACCACAACCACUGCAUCACCGCCAGUGACCCCACCUUCCAAUGAAGUCUACAUCGGCAUUGUGGAGUCAUCUUCAUCUGCAUCUCCGGCGGACAUCAGUUCCACGGUGAUUGCCAAUGAAAGGGAUCUGAAUAUGGAGAUGCGACGCAUGAAUCUGGUCACAUUGGUGUUGGUAGCGGUGGGAGUGAUUCCACUAGCUGCAAUCAUCCUCUAUCUUGUGCGGAAUUUCGUGAUUCGACGACGGGCGAAACAGAGUGAGGUAUUCGAUGUGUGCAUCACGGAUCAGCAGCCCAUAAGUCCGGUGAAGAAGGUGGACUCCAAGUACCAGGUCGAUGACGAUGAAGACGAGGUGGAUCACCCGCACCACCAGCACAUGCAGCACCAUCAGAACCAUCAGAGCCACCAGCACCACCAGGCCAUGCCCAUGUCCCAGGCGUCUCAGCGGGAUGCGAACCACAAUAGAUACGGCAACAACGAUGACAAGACAUCCUUGGCCAGCGAGUUCCAGGAGUUCGAGCGCAGCAAUAUCAGGCUGAAGAGCCUCCUGGGCGAGGGAAACUUUGGUCAGGUGUGGAAGGCGGAGGCCGACGAUCUGAGUGGUCAUUUCGGAGCCACUAGAAUUGUGGCCGUUAAGACCAUUAGAGCCUGCAGUGCGCAGGUGAGUCUCAAGGACGAGGCGAACAUCAUGCGCAAGCUGGGAUCACAUCAGAAUGUGGUCACCCUACUGGGUGCCUGUGUGGAAGGUGAACCGCACAUGCUUAUUAUGGAGUACGCCAUGAGGGGCCGCCUUCUGUCCCUUCUGAGAGCAGCUAGAAGUGCCACAAACAUAUUGCCAGCCUCAGUGCCAGGUGGUCGCAGUCUGGCGCCCUUAUCGCCGCGAACCCUGGCAGGAUUUGCCCUGGACAUAGCCUGUGGAAUGGAGUACAUAGCGGGGCGAAGGAUUGUUCAUCGAGAUCUGGCCGCUCGCAAUGUGCUGCUCGAUCACAAUGGCAUGUGCAAGAUCUGUGACUUUGGCAUGUCCAUCGAUCUGGACGCCGAGCGAUUGCGCAAGGAGCAGGAGAAGAAUGCGGCGAAUGAUCUGAUGCGCCACAAUGCGCAUCAAAGCAAGUUCAAGUUCGACUUCGGCAGCAGAUACAUCCUGCAGCACUGGCAGCACACCUUUGGCCAGGGUCAGGGCCAAGGUCACUGCUCCAAGGAUCAUCCGCACGGGGAGAAAAAGUCGCGCCAUGGCCACGACACCAUUGGCAAGCGGCACGCUCUGCCCAUCAGAUGGAUGGCGCCGGAGAGCCUGCAAUACCACAUGUUCACCACCGAAACGGACAUCUGGGCCUUUGGCAUCGUCCUCUGGGAGAUCGCCACUCUGGGCUCCACGCCGUACUCGCAGUUGACGGGACGCGAGGUCAUCCGCCGGGUGCCGCAGGGUCUGAGGCCCGAUCUGCCCAAGGAGAGCCGACACGAGUUCUACAACCUGAUGUCCCGCUGCUGGCACAAGGAGCCGCACAUGCGACCCUCGUUCGCCCAGUCGCGACUGGAGAUCACCAGGUCACUGCACAAGUGGGUGGACGACGACUCGGCGGCCUCGGACUACAUGGACGUGAGCGGGUUCAGCGAGGAUCUCGAGCACGGAGUGGUGUACUUCAACCACCGGAUUUCGGAGUUCGAGUGCGAAAUAUGACGCUGACUGAACCAACCCUUCCUUCCCGAUCCAACUCACUGUGCAUCUCAACCACUCCAUCCACAACUCAUCCACCGCCCACACAUCUCUAUAUGUCUAUUAGUAGAUCCUUCGAAAUUCUCCUUCCUUGCGACGUGCUUGUCAAGCAGUAUUAUUUGUAUUUUAUUGUUAACUUUCCAUUUCGAAUACCCCGGGAGUUUCUUUCAUUGUAAAUAUUUAUUUGUUGACACAACAACAUACGUUCUAGGCCUUACGAUUAAUGAAUGGCGCUACCUAUGCCUAGUUUAAUGUUCGUCACUUAGUUCUUCUAGUCUGUAUCUAAAAUCCCAUCUUCGCGUUGAGCUACUUUCCCUGGAUGUAGCCAAGAUUUGACUGCACAAAAAGAAACUUUGAAACCCCAUCAGUUGUGAAAAUAAAUCGUUGAUUUAGGCGUGCAGAGCAUAGGAUCUAUGUAAUUGUAUUGAAAUCUAGCUAUAGAAUUGUACAAAUAAAUUAAUUAAAGACGAAAUAUAAUUAUUAU